AUGGCAGCAUUCGGGGAAGAGAAGAUUGCCGAGUUGGAGGCGUUCGUGACGCUAGUACGCAACGACCCAAAAAUCCUUCACCGGCCAGAGCUUGCCUUCUUCAAAGAAUAUCUUUGGUCAUUAGGCGCUAGAAUCCCCGAUCUACCAGAAGAGGAGGAGCCUGAGGAACCAGAAUCUGAAGAAGAAGUGUUUAAGGUGGAAUCCCUAAAUGACGAAGAAGUUGUUGCACCGGAAUCCAUACCACCACCCGAACUUGCACCUGCUGGAGAAAAGGAGCUUACGGAUGAUGACUACGACAAGCUUGCUAAGGCCAAGGAAGCAGCGACGCAGGCUCUAGAAGCUGGUGACAUAGGGAAAGCGAUUGACUCCUACACAACUGCAUUGCUCAUUGGCAACCCUACUGCACUUUUAUAUACGCGAAGAGCUGAGGCCCUGCUGAAGCAGAGGAGAUUUGCAGCCGCAGCUAGGGACUGUGAUGAGGCAUUGAAACUGAACCCAGACAACGCAAGGGCUUACAGGAUUCGUGGGACCGCCAACAGGCAAGCCACAGCACACUGCACUGCUUCUUCCUGCAGGUAUCUGGGAAACUGGAAACAAGCUCACAGCGACAUAGAAAUGGGACAAAAGAUAGAUUAUGAUGAAAACAUUUGGGAUAUGCAGAAGCUCGUAGAACAGAAGUACAAGAAGAUCGAGGAGCACGAGAGGUCUGUGCAGCGGAAGAGAGAAGACAAGGAAAGAAAAGAGCGCGAAAAACGAGCUCGAGCACAGCGUGAAAGCGCCCAGAGAGCCUACGAGGAGCAAAAGAAGCGUGAAGCUGGAAUGCCAGGAGGAAUGCCAGGAGGUAUGCCAGGAGGAAUGCCAAGAGGUAUGUCAGGAGGAAUGCCAGGAGGUAUGCCAGGAGGUAUGUCAGGAGGAAUGCCAGGAGGUAUGUCAGGAGGAAUGCCAGGAGGUAUGCCUGGUGGCAUGGGAGGACUAGGAGGUCUUCUCGGUUCCAUGAAUGAUCCGGACCUGCAACAGGUGUUUUCCAAUCCAAAGAUGAUGGCGGCGUUUCAAGACAUCUUGGCGAAUCCCGCGAACAUGUCGAAGUACAAGGACGAUCCCGAUGUUGCGGAAGCGAUUUCCAAGCUAACCCGCAAAUUCGGGGGGGGAAUGCCAGGGGGGUUCAACGUUCCUCAUUAG